AGUCAGAGCGCAUCCCUCAGACUGCGUGCUGCCGCGGCGGCUGGAGCGGUACGGCUAGCGGUUGGAUGGCGCGGGGCGGAGCGGAGCGGGCAGCGGCCCUGGGCCUGGCGCUGCGGCUGUUGUUUGGUCUUGGACUAGGUCUAGAGGCUGUCCCGGCCCCGACCCCGACCCCGGCACCAGCCCUUGCCCUGACCCAGGUCCAGGUCUCGGGUCUCAGAGCUGACUCUUGUCCGACAGACAACUUCCAGUGUAUUGCCAGCGGCUACUGUGUGCCCCUCUCCUGGCGCUGUGAUGGGGACCCAGACUGCUCUGAUGGCAGUGAUGAGGAGGAGUGUAGGAUUGAGCCGUGUGCUGAGAAAGGGCAAUGCCACCCACUGGCUACCCUUCCUUGCUCCUGUGACAACAUCCGUGGUUGUCCUGCUGACUCUGCCAAGAGCCUUCUCAACUGCAGCCACCGGCCCUGUCAGGAGGGCGAGCUGCGUUGCAUGCUGGGUGGUAUGUGUUUCCCACACACAUGGCGCUGUGAUGGCCACUCAGACUGUCCUGACUCCAGUGAUGAGCUCAGCUGUGACACCAACACAGAAACUAACAAGAUCUCCCAGGAGGAGAAUGCUACAACUACAAGGACUCUGGCCCAGGAGAAUGAGACCUCUCUCAGGAAUGCAACAGUUGCCUCUGCUGGGGACUCUUCCCGAAACACAAAUGCCUAUGGGGUUAUUGCAGCUGCUGGGGUGUUGAGUGCUAUCCUGGUUUCUGCCACUCUCCUCAUAUUGUUACGACUCCGAAGUCAGGGUUACCUGCACCCAUCAGGGCUGUUGGUGGCUGUGAAGGAGUCUCUGCUGCUGUCAGAAAGGAAAACCUCACUGAUCUGAGGACACAUGGUCACCACCUGGCCCCAAGUGCAGUCAGACCGGGGCAAAGCCACAGUGGGACAUGCAGGCAGCUGCUGGCUUCUCGAGACCUGGGCUCUUUUGGCCACAGAGAACUUUGAUUUUAAGCUCCUACAGAUGUGGUCCUAGAGACUGGGGGUCCUCAGAUAUUCCCCUUGUCUGCGAGGAGCUUGGAUGGAGAACUGCUAUAGCCAGGACUGAGGGGCAGGCCCCAGGAUGGCUCCAAGAAACGGGGCUGCUCUGGGUUAGACACUCCUGCUGCUCACACUGAUGGGUGGUGAUUAAAGUUUCUUUACCUCCUC